ACCCCUCACAGGACACUUCCCUGCAGGAACAAAGGUGCCAUGCAGCCCCGGGUCCUCCUCGUUGCUGCCCUCCUGGCGCUCCUGGCCUCUGCCCAAGCUUCCGAGGCAGACGAUGCCUCCCUUCUGGGCAAAAUGCAGGACUACAUGAAGCAGGCCACCAAGACUGCCAAGGAUGCACUGACCAGCGUGCAGGAGUCCCAAGUGGCCCAGCAGGCCAGAGGCUGGGUGACCGACAGCUUCAGCUCCCUCAAAGACUACUGGAGCACGUUCAAGGGCAAGUUCUCUGAAUUCUGGGAUUCUGCCCCGAACCCCACACCGCCUUCACCUGAGGCCGUCUGA